UUUUCUCUGCAGGAGACUCAGUGAGAGAGCGAAGCGAGGAAGCAAUACGAUAGAGAGAGAUGGCGGGCAGGAUGGGUGCGAUGCCAUUCACGAUAGUAUCACACGUAUUAGCCAUAGGAGCGGCGAUUAUGGUGUUGGUAUGGUGCAUCCAUUUCAGAGGUGGUCUUGCCUGGGAAGCCACCAACAAAUCUCUCAUCUUCAAUAUUCAUCCAGUACUGAUGUUAAUUGGUUUCAUAAUCCUAGGUGGUGAAGCCAUAAUCAGUUAUAAAGCUCUUCCAUUGUCGAAGGAAGUGAAGAAGCUGAUCCAUCUCACUCUGCACGCCUUCGCCCUCAUCCUUGGCAUUGUGGGCAUCUCUGCAGCUUUUAAAUAUCAUAAUGAGAGCUCCAUUGCCAAUCUCUACAGCUUGCAUUCCUGGAUUGGGAUCGGAGUCAUCUGUCUAUAUGCUAUUCAGUGGAUAUUUGGGUUCGCGAUGUUCUUUUACCCAGGCGGAUCAGCUGGAGUUAGAGCCGAAUCUCUUCCAUGGCACGUGUUGUUUGGGCUGUUCGUUUAUAUUUUGGCUCUUGCCACAGCAAUACUGGGCUUUCUAGAGAAGCUCACCUUCCUGGAGAGCUCAGGACUCGCCAAGUAUGGUAACGAGGCCUUCCUCGUCAACUUCACUGCACUCGUCACUAUUUUAUUUGGAGCCUUCGUUGUGUUAACUGCUGUUUCUCCAGCGCAUGUAGAGGAGGAAUUUAGCUAUUCAUCUAUCUAAUCCAUCUUAUUAUAUUGAAGCAUUAUAAGAUCAUGAUGAGUUGUAUAUUUUUUUAGGUGUUUUUUAGCAAAUGGACUCUCAUUAAAAUUGUAAACAAAUAUCU